UCUCCAGCUAAAGCAGCAGUCGCCGGGAAACGCUAUGCAUGGAUAUCCACAGCGUAUCGCUAUCACUCAAUCCUAAUGGGUCGCCAACGACUAAUUCCACCAAAGCGAAUGGAACUUAGAGCAGUACGCCACAAGCCCGCCGGUAGUGACCCUUUCAUAUACCCACUAGCAAAGCUCCCACAAUCGCUGAAUUGCCAAUCCCAGCAGCAACAGCAACAACCCUCACGUUCCGUAAAACAGCAAUGCAGACAACAACUUGCAGCAGUCACCGAAACAACAAUGAUGCCAACAGCGUAAACAAAACCAACGUUUAUGCGCAGCAAACACAUAGCGGUAUGCACUCAUCAUUGCAUGCCAUUCGUUAUCCUCUUUCUCGGAAAACUCUAGCCGUUCGUUUGGUCGCUGUCAAUUCGAACUCAAAUAAUGGCUGAACAGCAGUUCUGACAUAACGUUCCACUUUAUUAUAUGGCCUUGGCUUCAGCACUGUACAUAUGUAAUCGUGAGAGGAUGCUAUCUAUUUUCGCGCCAAAUUUGAAGCAAACUCACAGCAUUUUGAAUUCCGUAUUCUGACAAGUCGGAUAUGUCAACGAAAUGUAAACAAAAAAAUAUCUUGCGGAACCAGCAUUCUUAUGCGCCGUAUAUCAAAUAUUUGGGUUGGCAGACGCUUUUGCUGAGAAUGAGCAUUGAUCCGGUAGGUAACUCAGAUUUGAGCCAUCACGUCCGCUUUAAUUACUGCCACAAUCGACCCGCGUAUCGUAAAUCACGAAAAUUGACCGCAGUGAAGACCUAUUCGGUAGCAUGUGAAUCUUGUCAUUUGUUAGUGUUCGGAGUUCCACAGAUUAACUUACUACGUGAGCUCAAGAGCGAACUCUGUCGUCAUGGUUCAGUUGAAUUGAUACAAAACGUCACCGAAAGUAUCAGAGCUGCCGGAAACAAAAUAGAACCCUUCACUGACGUGUUCCAUGUAAAGUUCGAGAAAAUAGAGAAAGCUCGGCGGGCGAAGAAAAUUGUGGAUGCCAAAAAUUUCUACGGAGGAAUACUACACAUUUCCUACGCACCGGAACGGGAAACAAUUGAAGAACUACGACACAAACUAUACCAAAGAAAAGGGGAGAUAGAAUAUAGAGUGCAACGAAACCGACAGCAAGAGCAACAAACAACAUUGAACAAGAAUUCAGUGCUACCAAAUUCGAGCAGUUUGCCUCCCUCAAAGCGCUUUCGAGCUGUGUGA